CAACAACGCGAAGAAAUUCGUCAAAAACAGGAGCGCAACGAGGCUCUCCAAAAGCCUCGCUGGCCACCCGGUUUGCCUUCGUCUAGUGCUUCUUGGCGUAGCAGGACUCGUUGUGGCGAAAGUCCCAUUAGCCAGGGACGUCGUCGAACUUCUCGGCUCUCGCAGCGGCUUGCUGGUUCUCGCAUAUCUGCUACCUCGGCGUCGUCAGCCUCCUCCCUCGAGAAGAUGGGCCCUCCUGGAGGAGAGUCAGUCUACCGUGCAAGGGCUCGAUCCGUACUGUCUGCCGGCUUUCUGACGCCCUGUAAGACAGAAGAGGCAGAUCGAAACACAGCCAUGACUGUCUGUGGUCAGGAGAGCUGGAAUUCGGGUACCGGAGGCCCUUCCAUUCUGAGUGGUCUCAGGCCGGGGAGGCGAUCCGCAGAGCCGACCUUAAGAUCACGACUUUUGCGCCUAAAGCCCGGACUUCAAGUCCUGCUGUCUGGUCGGGAGCCCUUAAAUGACACAACUUUUGGCAGGGAGUCGAACGAGGCGACACUAGCGGCCUCUGGCAACGACAGAUUACGGGACAGUCAGCGCGCCCAGACGAUAGACGAAGAUGAGGAGAUGGAGCGCGUGGCGAUGAUGCUACAACGCGACCAGUUGUUACGGACCCGAGGCAUUGUCGACAUGGUACAUCACUUACUUGAUGGUACUCCAGGUGUGAUGCCUAGUGGAGGGGCUCCGGCUCAACCUGGGCCAAUUAAGAGAUCGGUGCCAAUCGCUCUUGGUCAAGCGGCACCUGCAAAUAUAUACUUUUACUUCAUUGACAACCUCACCAAAGAAUAUGAUAUGGCAAAAGGCCUGGCCGUACUUGAAAUUCACAUCUGCCCUGUGACCCAAGGUCACUUGUGGCAAUGUGGCCAAAUGGUUGACGUGUCAAGCUGA